AUGGAUAAGAAUGGAAACAAGGAGGAGCAGUUGGUUGUUACGGAGCGACAUCAAACAGGAAUUAAAACACUGCUCAGCAGACUUCACCUUCAAGACAAAUAUGAACAAAAGUUGACACCUGCUGACAUUCUUAAAAUAAGACCACCUGUAAAACAGCACCAUGACAUCUCUGAGAAAGAUGUAGCUCACACUUUUCUUCAAAGGUUGAUGAUGUUAGACUACAGAGCCAGAUAUAUUCCUGUAAAACAAGAAAGCCCUGAGGGGAGCCAUUCAGUGUGUGUUCAAGUGGUUAACACUGUUGACACAAAAGACAAUGAAUUAGUUGCUCUUUUUAGUACCAGUGUAGACUCUGAUCAGCCAAAACAGUCUCAUGUGCAUCCAAUGGAUGUUCAAAUGGCAGUAUUUCACUGCUCAGACAGCUUUCUGAAGCAGAACAUGAUCACAAAGCUAUCCCAGUGUCAGUACGCCUUACCUUUGCUUGUUCCUGACCCAGUCACAAUGGAGAUUGAGUGUCCUCUGUGGACAUUCAGACAAAUAAUGAAAAGCUGGAAGAUAACUCCAACUGAAGAUCAUUCAAACAUUGUCCCCAUGAAGAGUAUGCACAUUUACAAAGCUGAGACGCCCAUGGUGUCAUUUUUCCGUCUUGGUUCACUGUCACUGUCUAAAUCUCAGCUGAUGAACACUUUGAUCAACGACCGUCACAGCACCUUCUUCCACAGAAACUAUCCAGGAAACACGAAAUCUCGCCAUUUGAUGGAAGGUGUAGCAGAGAUUGCCUGGUACUGCCCUGCUGGGAAACCCAAUGAUGCCUUCACUGACUGCAUUGCCUUCUGUAAUCUUCAUGGUGAUGCUCUGACGAUUGAAAAAAUACUGAUGGAAAAAUCUUCAGUCAAUGUUGUUCUGUUACCAACUCUGGAGAGAGGUGACAAAAGUUGGACAGUUGUCUCAGCCCUUCUUAACUCUCCAAAACCUUUCAUUUGUCUCAUUGUUGAUGAUGAUUGUGGUGCAGCUGAGAUGAAAAAGGGAAAAUACAAAAUGGGUCUGAAAGACAAAGGCUGGGCAGAUGUUUGUGAAGAACUGAAAGGAAUCAUUGGAAAAAUCUUGUCUGGACCACAUACAUCCUUCCGACUAGAAACCAUGGCUGAGGUCUCUGGAAUCAAAGUGGAUGAAGAUGACAUAGUUUGCCGAAAAGGAAAAACUGCUGCUAUGAAAAUAGUGGAUUUACUUCGAGGGAUGGAUGUUUCAAAGAUCAAAGAUAAAUAUCUCCCUUGUCAAGGCCAACUGUGGCAUGAUUGGUGCAAAAUAAACAAGGAACAGUAUCGCCUCAAAGGGAACAUUGAGAUGGAGAAAUGUAGAAAACAAGAGGAAAUGAAGAAAAAACGUCAAGAACAAUGUUCUGCUUCCUGUAGUGAACUGAUGAGGUUGUUCAUUGAAAGCCUCUCAUCUCUGCCAUCAAAAGAAAAAGAGUACUUCCUGAAAUGGAUUCAGAUCUUACUGGAUGCACUCUCCACAGAUGAUCUGUCCUCAAUUCUCCAAAACUAUGAUGAGAAGUGGUAUGAAGUCUUGGAUUUGAAGAAGAAGCAUGAUAAAUCUGAUCAGCUAACAAGUAAGCAAACUGAGCUUGAGGAAAUAUCACAAAAACUGCAGUCAGCUACUUUUGGCUUAGAGCACAUCUUUAGAGAUAAAUCUCUGCAGGAACAAACAGAGAUGGAAGAGACUGACUGGUCUAAAUACCCUGAGCUGGCUGCAGAGCUGAUGAUAUCAGGACACCCAAUGGAGCUGAUGGAUGGUGAUGCAGGUCAUGUGCCUUUAACAUGGAUCUCUAGUCUUUUAGAUGAAGUCAUCGAGAAACUGGGAGAUCAGAGAGUUUUUGUUCUGUCAGUUUUGGGUGUGCAAAGCAGUGGAAAAUCCACCAUGCUGAAUGCCAUGUUUGGAUUAGAGUUUGCAGUAAGUGCUGGCAGGUGCACCAAGGGUGCCUUCAUGCAGCUGGUCAAAGUGUCAGAGGAGAAGAAGAAAGACUUUAAGUUUGACUAUGUUCUAGUGGUGGACACUGAAGGACUGCGUGCUCUUGAGCUGGCAGGUAACGCCACUCUUCACCACGACAAUGAACUGGCAACAUUUGUUGUUGGUCUGGGAAACAUGACAUUGAUCAACAUCUUUGGAGAGAAUCCAGCUGACAUGCAAGAUGUGCUGCAGAUUGUUGUUCAGGCCUUCAUGAGGAUGAAGAAAGUUAAACUUUCUCCAACUUGUGUGUUUGUUCACCAGAAUGUUUCAGAUAUUGGAGCUGCAGAGAAAAACAUGGAUGGAAAGAGACGACUGCAAGAAAAACUGGACCAGAUGGCAAAACUAGCUGCCAAAGAGGAGGUUUGUGAUGCUGAAUGCUUCAAUGACAUCAUUAAAUUUGAUGUGCAGAAAGACGUGAAAUACUUUGCCCAACUGUGGGAGGGAAGUCCACCCAUGGCUCCUCCAGAUUAUAGUGAGAGCAUCCAGGAUUUAAAGAACAUCAUCCUCUCUAAAGCUUCACAGUCUGCUGGUACAACUCUGUCACAGUUCAAGAGCAACAUAAACGACCUGUGGGAUGCCCUUCUGAAUGAAAACUUUGUUUUCAGUUUCAAAAACACACAUGAAAUUGCAGUGUACAGAAAACUCCAGUAUGGGAACUGGACCUGGGCCCUGAGGAGCUACAUGUUGACCAUAGAGAACCAGCUUCAUACCAGGAUUGAAAAUGGAAAACUUGAUAAAAUUGAACUCAAUGAUCUUCAUAAAGAAAUGAGCAAAACAUAUGGAGAAGUAAAAAAAGACAUGAAGAAGUACUUUGAUGAUGACAGAGACAAAGAAAUGUUGGUUCAGUGGCGAGGCCGAGUUGAAAGCAAAAUCAAAGAGUUUCAUGAUGAACAGGUGAGAGGAGUUAAAAGAAAACUGGAUGAGGUCAUCCAGCAGAAGAAGGCUUGUAAAAAGAUGGAUGACAAGAAGACAGAGUUUGAGAACAAGCUGCUACAAAAGAGCAAAGAGCUCGCUCAUCAGUUAAAAGACAAGGCCAAAGAUGAAAAGGAACUCCAAAAGCAGUUCAACAAUGUUUGGAGAGUCUGGGUUACUGAAUUAACUGGACACACAAAACCUAUUGAGGACAUCAAGUUGGAAGACGACCUUUUAACUAUCCUGCAAAGUAUUGGUAUUGAAGGGUCUCUAAUAAAUGAUUCAAAAAUCAAUGGCAGCUACAAAAACAUAUCAAAGAUUGGGGAUUAUGGUCAUUAUGUAAUCCGAAAGAAGAACCAAAAUGUGUUGAUGAAAGUCAUUGAAGCAGCCAAAACCAUCUUUGAGGGGCCUUUUCCACACGAAGAACAAAAACAGAUCAGAACCCUCAUUGAAGAUGUUGAAAAACAGUCUCUUCAUAACAUUAAGAGCAAACCUGUAGCAACAAGAGGCUACAGUCCAACUUACUUGCAAGAAGUCACCAAAAACGUCAAAGAAAAAGUGACAGAAUUUGAAUCAAAGAGGAAAUAUGCUCUGAAGAAGGAGUUUACACUUCAUCUCUUACUAUAUGUUUUUGACAAGGCAGGAAGUUGGAUUUCAGAGUCCCACAACAAAUUCAAAAUGAACAACGAUGCUGUAACUUUUGUAGAAAGCAAGAAAAUGCAGUAUUACAACAUUUUCAGAAGUUUCUGCAAAGGAAAUUCAUCUGCUGUUGUGCUUGGAGAACUGAUCUGUGAAAAACUGAAAGUUUCCACUGUUAAAUCUGUCUGUAACAAAAAAGCCAUUGAUCUUGCUGGAGAGAUAAGGUGCAGUUUCCCAGCAUUCAAUGGGAACAGGUUGAACUUGGAGAAACAUGUGUUGACAUCACUGGCAGAGAAAGAAGACUUUGAUGGUUUCAUCAACUACAUCCGACACCCAAGGAGCCAAGCAGAGUGUUUCAUAAAAAAAGUAGAGAAAUAUAUCUUCACAGACAACAAAGCUAAAGCAAAGAAAAUACUCAAGAAAAAUGUUGAAGACAUCAAUAAACUUGUGAGUCAAGCUUUGUUUGAUGCAACAGAGAAAGUCAAAACUCAGAGAGGAAACACAGACAUGUGGCUGAAGGAAUUUUCCAGUUUGCUAAAAGAUGUGCAUUUGAAGAUGACAUUUGACACCAUUAGUUCUGAAAAUUUCAGUGACAUAAACAAAUUUGACUUUCUUGCAGAAGAAAUAGAGAAAGGACUUCCAUCCAUCAUUAAAGAGUUGAGCAGCCUCUCAUUGGAUAAGAUGAAGGAAUUCAGGCUGAAGCCAGAUCAAAUCCUCAUCGAUCAGCAGUUGAACUGCUGCUGGGUAAAGUGUCCAUUCUGUGCAGCUGUUUGUACAAACACCAUCAAAGAUCACAGUCCUGAAGAUAACAGCGUGCCUUUUCAUCGACCCUCUGGGAUCAAUGGAUGGCAUAAGAGAAACACAGUGGAGCUGUGCAUCAAUUUCUGCACAACAAAUGUUGCAAGUGAUCGCAGUUUUUACCCUCAUCAUGAUUCAGAUGAGUCCAUUCCCUAUAAAGUGUACCGCACUGGUGGCUUAGAAUAUGCUAACUGGAGAAUUACUCCUGAUGAGUCUAAGCUGACGUACUGGAAAUGGUUUGUAUGUCAAUUUCAAAAGCAGCUGGAAGACCACUAUAACUAUAAAUUCCAGGGCAGAGGGGAAAUUCCCAAAGAGUGGAAAACAUACUCUAAAGAAGAAGCUAUUAAAAGUCUAGAUGAAAUGUGUCCAACUGUGGUCAAUAGAUGUAAUAGGAGAAACUCAUUGCAUUCAAAUAUUGAUUUCUGA